GACUUUCCGUUGCCGCAGCUUCUUUCUCUUUUUUUCCUUCUUUCACUCUUUUCAGCUUACCUUCAGUCCUUUUUUUUCUGUAGACGGGCAAUAGACGAAAUGUCUGCACUUUCACUCGAUUACUCCUCGGUUAAGUGCGCGCUGCACACCGUGGUUCACUGCCACAACACUGUGUUUUUGUUUCGUGUUAUUUGUUCGGCUUGACAGACGGUGGCGAGCGCAGACUGAACCAAGAUGGGACCCACACGGAGCCUCAUCGCCGUUAUCCAACGCCUCCUCAUCCUCCUCUUGACCUCCUGUCAGGCUAACGACAAUGCCAAGCGACUGUAUGAUGACCUGUUACGUAACAGCGGCUAUAAUAAGCUGAUUCGCCCUGUUGGCAACAACACGGACAAGCUUGUUGUGAAGCUGGGCAUCCGCCUGGCCCAACUCAUCGACAUCGAUGAGAAAAACCAGAUCAUGACAACGAACGUCUGGCUACGCCAGGAGUGGCGGGACAUGUACCUCCGCUGGGACCCAAAGGAGUAUGGCGGCAUUGAUAUUUUAGAGGUCCCUACUAAGGACAUCUGGCUGCCAGACAUUGUGCUCUUCACCAAUGCCGACGGUAACUACCAGGUGACGCUGAUGACCAAGGCCACCCUGCACCCCGAAGGCCAGGUGGUGUGGGAACCUCCAGCCAUCUACAAGUCCUCCUGCAUCAUCGACGUCGAGUUCUUCCCCUUUGACGUCCAGAGCUGUUCGAUGAAGUUUGGGAGCUGGACAUACGACGGCGAUCAGGUGGACCUAGUGCACAUCUGCGAACCGCAGUCUCCACCCAAGAAGAUCAUCCAGAAAGGUGUAGACCUGCGCGGCUUCUACGCCAGCGUGGAGUGGGACAUCCUGAACGUGACCGCCAUGAAGAACAUUCGAAGCUACCCGUGCUGCCCGGAGCUGUACCCGGAUAUCACCUUCAACGUCACCAUACGCCGCAAGACUCUCUUCCACACCGUUAACCUCAUCAUCCCUUGCGUCGCCAUCUCUUUUCUGACCGUUCUUGUCUUCUAUUUGCCCUCCGACAGCGGAGAGAAGGUGACACUGUGCAUCUCCAUCCUGCUGUCCCUGACCGUGUUCUUCCUGCUGCUUUCUGAGAUCAUCCCUCCGACCUCUAUCGUCGUGCCGCUCAUCGGCAAGUAUCUGCUCUUCACCAUGAUCCUCGUCACACUCUCCAUCAUCGUCACCGUCGUCGUCCUCAACGUCCAUUUCAGGUCUCGCGCAACCCACAGCAUGUCCUCUUGGGUACGACGGGUGUUUUUGAGCAUACUGCCUCGUCUACUGCUCAUGCGCAGACCGUACCAGGAAGAAGGUGAAGAGGAAGACGCCAAGAAGGCGAUCACGCGCAACUGUAACGGCAUUGAGGCUCGACAGAUGUCGCAGCAGCCGGUGGACCAGGACACUCUCCCGAUCCGCUCCCCUAUGGGCUACGCCUAUUCCAUGGACACGACUGAGCAGUACUCAGGCCUGUACGAGCCGUCCUGUCAGUCGCACUUCUUGCAGCAAAGGCCGGACGAGUACGCCACCCCAUACGACAGACACCCGGCAUCCCCCGCGCUGCUCAGGCGCCGUGCCUUGUAUCCUCAGGAAAUCCUGGACGCCAUGGAGUCGGUGAACUUCAUCGCUGAACAUCUGAAGAGAGAGGCCCACGACUCGUCGCUUCCAACACUAUGGAAACGGCGUUAUCCAGCGACGAUUGAAGACUGGAAGUACGUUGCCAUGGUGCUGGAUCGCUUGUUCCUGUGGAUCUUCACCACUGCCUGCUUUGUGGGCACUUUUGGUAUCAUCCUGCAGGCUCCAACCCUGUACGACGACCGCAAGCCCUACACUCAAGCGGCGGACCACCACUGCUAUGGUUCGUACAACACGCGGUGACAUAACGCAGAAAGGUGCGCGCGCAGUGGGGGCCACACUUCCGGCCUCUCACGAACCCACGUCCAACGUGAACAGUUUGUCAGGGGCUGCAUCAGGUCGAUGACUGUCUGCCCUCAACCCCUUAACCCCUUUGUGCUCCCUGAAAUGAUAGUGCAGUUCUCUCGUUUUUAAAGAACCACGCGCACCUUUUAGAAAGCAUGUUGAAAUGGCGGACAUGUUUUGUUUGAACUUGUUUUCACCGAAUGAUAACAUCUCUCAGUUAUUUAGCUAACCUCCCGUAAGGGUCUCGUUUGUAAGAGGGCGGACAGACGGACGGAUAUGGGAGGAAAAGAGGUGGAAGAGAAAGGGAGCAACAAGAACGGAGACAGGGAAAAUAGAGAAAAGGGGGAGACAGGGAAAGAGAGACUGCAAGAUUUAGUCUGCUUACAACCCUUGUUAAAAAGUCGUGAAAGUUGAGUUGAGGAGCUGUUAGUAAACACUGAUUUACAAAUAAUUGCGAGUUUGAUGCACUUACAGAAUACAGUGAAGAAAGUACACAUGCCCGUCAUGGUGGGAUUUAACAGUUUGAAAAUCAAAUCAGAAAUUAUCCCGUGUUUCGAGAACUUUUAUUUGUUUGCUACUGUUCAGUUAACGUUUGUAAUACGGAAGAAAGAAGAAUCUGAUAAAUAAUCGUCUUUCAUGUUGGUGAAACAUAGUGUGAUAUCAAACAGUAUGCACGCACACACACACACACACCUGUAUGUGCAUACUUAGUAUGGACAGACAAACAUGCAUGUGUCUGUUCCGUGUGUGUGUGUGAGCGUGCGCGCGUGCAUUCCCAGCGGCUGAUUUAGCAUUCUUCCUCCUCUAUACUGUGUCAUGUCAAAGCCAGACGCACGCGCGGUCAAGCAAAACAUUUUUUUUAUGCUGGAAUGGAAUGUCUAGGAUAGUGGUGUGUGCAAUAUGGACUGUACAGAAUGGAUCAGACAUUUGUUUAUCUCUCAGACUCACUCCAUUACCCAGGAUGCACCUGCAGGAACGCUCUUUACAAUUCCUUAGACAAGUUCUUGGAAUUGGGUAUUUGGUCUUUCAUGCGUAUGUGUAAGUAGUUGCAUCUUUUUUAACAGGAAAAAGAACUAAUUUUAGACAACUGUUUUAAUUUUAGAAAUUUUCGAUUUUUUAAGAACAAUUUUAGACCAGACCCCUGUUAUUAACAUGUAGUAAACCCAUUGUUGACAUGAAUGUGUACUUAUCUACAUUUCAUGAGAUGGUUUAAAUUUGUUUUAAAUGUGAUACUAAUAUUUGGCUCUUUAGUGAUUGCUGAUAACAUCUUUGUCUUAAUUAUAAUCUCAUUUAGAUUAUUCUGUUUUAAGCCACGAGUAGUGCGGCCCAGUUUUAAACUUUGACCCCCCGAACAGUUGUCUCAAAAUAAAAAUAAAGUGGAAAACCAUUUCUGUCGGGUGUUCCAUGUAGCUGACUGAGUUUUUCAUUAAACUAUGGUUUCAACAGCUCACUUGUGUGUGUCUGCUCGCCGUGAAAGAAUAUGAGGUUGAGUGCGCCAUCUGUCGGUGGUUUCUAAUGGUGUAAGAAGAGGGGUCGACACGAGCUUCAUAAAAAGUCCGAGUUAAAGAUAAUUCAAAUUAUUUUCCUUUGUGAUAUCACAGCUGCGUUUAAAGAAAGAGGGAGAAUGUUCUUUGAAGGAGUCUGUCAUAUACAUCAGUCAAACAUUUAACGACGGGGCCUUCAGGAAAGACCCAACAAGAGUCCAUUUGUUAUAGCGGGCUCACCCUACCAAACAUUUGCGAUACAUUUUCAAGUCUCCCUCUCCCAAAAAAAAAAAAAAUAAAUAAAUAAAAAAUCACAAUAAAGGCGAUGGCAUGUUCUUACGAGAUUUAAGAGAUAUUUUUCUCAGGGAGGGUUGGGUUGAAGGGAAGGGGAGGGCAAGCUAAAGUAUUCAUUCGCUAAAUCUGCAAUAUUUAAUAUGCAAAUUUGUCUUCAGUCCCAGAAGCACAAAAGCACUAACCGCGGAAGGAAACGGUUGUAUCAUCCAUUCAUCACUCCGUUUGAAAACAGCAUCGAUAGCUGGAUCGAAGCCCGUGUGGAGAAUAUUGUUAUUAUAAUGGCACGGACAAAGCUGCAAGGAUGGGACUAUUUUCACAGCAGGGGAGAAAUUUACAAAUGAAUCGUCCAAAAUUCGACAGAUUUCCCCUCAGCUACUCCAUUCAGUCCUCGUCCAUAUCCUCCGUCGGGUUAUUUUUUUAUGGCGUCUUCAUCAUGGAAGUUGCUAUGGCCUGCAUUUUUGGGAUGGUCCUCCGUGUAACAUGGAGAGGAUUGCCUCCGUCUGCCGCCUAAUAAAACAGGAGGAGGAGAGCCGUGUUUUGACAAACGCACAGAACCUGUGCGCAUUAAUCCACAGGCUGACGUGUGUUUUCGGGGCCAAUUUUCAGCCUGGCUACCUCGUCUUUCGCGUUUAAUUAAAUCCAUGAGACCAGCGGCAAACGAGACAGUACGGAAUCGUGUCAUCAAUAUUUCCUGUGGCGAUUAGGAGGGAAGAAAAAAGUCUUCGAGGCCUGGCCACUGUCGGGAGACGAGAGUUGGUAGCCCGCGAAAUGAGAUGAAAUACUAUGGCACCACGAAAGCAAGAAAGACAGUUUUAUAACGGAAACCUCUUCACCCUAAAUUUUCUUUGCCUACCUUGUAAGCAGUUUUAUACUGAAUAUUCUCACGGUAAACAACGAAUGAAAUCAUGUGUGAGGGAACACUUGAAUAUUUUUUUAUCUUAAGCUGAAAGUUGUGUGUCUGUUUUUGGCCUGUUAGUUGGGAGGAUAAUAAUGAAGUUUAUGUUGUGUCUAGUGUGUUUGCUAUUUAUGUUGUUGGUUAUAACAAGGUUGAUUAAUAACCUCCGCGUAUACCAGACAGAGUACCUCCUUUAGAAACUGGCCACUUCCUUCAUUUUUCUAUUUUCUGUCCCGUAGUCCUCCUGCCCUUACCCCCUCCAUUCAUACACUCCAGCUGUCGUGAAAAAUAUUGUUCCUAGCGCAUGCUCACUAUCAGUCGCUCCUCCAUGAACAGCCAUUUAACGGAGGAAUGGCAGACAAGCGAAAUUGCUAUUGGCACUGUAUGCACGACUUGCUGUCAAGUUUUGUGUUUAUCCAAAGUCGGCGCAUUCAUCACAGAACUUGCAGCCAUGUCAAUUUAAAUGAGACCCACAGAUGUGCUAUGUAUACCUGCUGCCUAGAGGGGUGGUCACUGAGAGCGGGGAAAUACCCUCCCACCCCGACACCCCCCCUUCCCUAAUAGGGUGUAAUCUAAAAACUUUUCCUCACCUGUCCCCCAUCUUGAUAUUCGUAUAUGUCAUAAGCUGGCAUGAAAUAUUUUUGACACCCACCUUCUUCACUUUGAAAUCAAAGAAAUAAAACCAGGAAGAAAGCAGCAAGCAUUACCAAGUUCAGUGGGAGGGGUUUCCAAAUGAUGAGAGAGCUUCGCCUUAAGAGCAGGGAAGGGGAGACUUGUCUGUUGAUAAC